AUGUCUACGUCUGUGAAACAUCGCGAGUUCAUUGGUGAGCCAAUGGCUGAGAAGGAAGUGACUGCAGUCGCUGGCAUUGGUCCCACGUAUGGAGCGAAACUUGCUGAAAAUGGAUUUGAUAAGGCAUACAUUCUUUUUGGGCAAUUUCUACUUCUCAAGAAAGACGAAGAUUUAUUCACCGAAUGGUUAAAGGAUACUGCUGGAGUAAGUGCAAACCAUGCGAAAAGUGCAUACAACUGUCUGAAUGCAUGGGCGGAACAAUAUAUUUGA